AUGGGACGUUGCACGAGGAAUUCGUCGAAAACUGCUGGCCAUCCAGCCUGUAAAACGAUUCGAUCAAAUUCGACAUAUUCUCGUAAAUUUAUUAUUGCUAGAGGUGAUUUCUUUUUUCUAUUUUUCUUUACAAGUGAAAAUGCUAUUUAUGGAUCAUUGAUUAUGUUCGUUGCUAUAAAUCCUGUGUUCCUCGCUAUCCCAUAUAUUAUCAGAAAUGCUCAUGUAUGCAUUCUAAUUAUUAUUUUUAAAAAAAAAAUUCUGGGUUUGGAAAUGUUCCGCUAUAAUAAUAAUUUGUUAAUGAAUUGGUUAGAGGGAAGAUUUGAACGCUUAAAAAUUUCAGUAUAUCGUCACAAUGCAGUGAGCAGUGGUUUUUCUGAAGGUAUUUCAGAUUUCUCUUAA